CGAUCCCGCGCGCAGCCUCGCUCACUGCUAUGGACAGUGCUAUCACCCUGUGGCAGUUCCUCCUUCAGCUCCUCAAGGAGCCUCAGCAUGAGAACAUGAUCUGCUGGACUUCUAAGGACGGAGAGUUCAAGCUUUUGCAGGCUGAAGAGGUGGCUCGUCUCUGGGGAAUUCGAAAGAAUAAGCCAAACAUGAAUUACGAUAAGCUCAGUCGAGCCCUCAGAUACUAUUAUGUAAAGAAUAUCAUUAAAAAAGUAAAUGGUCAGAAGUUUGUGUACAAGUUUGUCUCUUACCCAAAGAUUUUGAACAUGGACCCAAUGACAGUGGGCAGGAUUGAGGGAGACUGUGAAGCUUUAAGUUUCAAUGAAAUAAGCAGCAUUUCCAAAGAUAAGGAGAAUGGAGGGAAGGAGAAACUUCCUCAGCCUGGUACCAAAACGUCCAGCCGCAAUGACUACAUUCACUCUGGCUUAUAUUCUUCUUUUACUCUCAACUCUUUGAACUCCUCUAAUAGGAAGCUUUUCAAAUCUAUAAAGAUUGAGAAUCCAGCUGAGAAACUGGCAGAGAAAAAAUCUCCUCAGGAACCUACACCAUCUGUCAUCAAAUUUGUAACAACACCUUCCAAAAAGCCACCAGUUGAACCAGUUGCUGCUUCCCUUUUGACUGGCCCACGUAUUUCUCCAUCUUCAGAAGAAGCUCUCCAAGUGUUGGAGACACUGGCUUCCCCUAAACUGCCUUCCCUGGAAGCCCCAGCUUCUGCUUCCAAUGUGACUACAACUUUUCCCUCCCCAUCUCCAAUUUCAUCCAUAUCCCCUUUGCAGGAGCUUCCUAGAACACCUUCACCACCACUAAGUUCUAACCCAGACAUUGACACAGAUAUUGAUUCUGUGACUUCUCAGCCAAUGGAACUUCCAGAGAACUUGCCAUUGGAGCCUAGAGACCAGGGUUCAGCUUUGGCAGAAAAGGACAAAACAAACAAUUCAUCAAGAUCCAAGAAGCCCAAAGGGCUAGAGCUGGCACCCACCCUCGUAAUCACCGGCAGUGAUCCAAGUCCACUAGGAAUAUUGAGCCCAUCUCUCCCCACAGCUUCUCUCACACCAGCACUUUUCUCACAGACGCCCAUCUUACUGACACCGAGCCCCUUGCUCUCCAGUAUCCACUUUUGGAGUACGCUCAGCCCUGUGGCUCCUCUUAGUCCAGCCAGACUGCAAGGUGCUAACACACUUUUUCAGUUUCCUUCUGUACUGAACAGUCAUGGGCCGUUCACUCUGUCUGGUUUGGAUGGACCUUCUACCCCUGGCCCAUUUUCCCCAGAUCUACAGAAAACAUAACCUAUGCAGUGGACUGAGAGGACAAAGGAGUAAAGAAAAGAGAAACAUUCAACAUGGUUACAUUUGAAGUGAGCAACUACUAGUUCCACUGUGUUGAUAAGGGACUGUUGUGAUUUCCACCAUUCCCUAUUGAAAUGCCUUUUCUUGAUUCCCUUGGAGUAGAACUCAAGCUGAACUGUGUAUAAAAAUGCCUUAACUGGAGACCUGACUCCACCUCCCUCUUUUUCUUUUCUUUUUAAAAAAACAUUUUGAACUUUGUCUUAAAUUUUGUGGGUGUAAGCAGCUUUGGUGAGGUUUACUAUGCUUUGCAAGAAUAAUCAAGAACACAGGCACUCCUGCCUAGUUGGGAUUCUUUGGCCUGGAAAGAAGUUAUGUGUGGGUCAUAUCUUUAGGACUAAAUAUGCCUUGAUAGGAAAUUAGCAGCAGACUUUUUUAUACAAAGUAAGGUUGGGACAGGGCCAUUGGGAAAAUUCUGUUUUGUUGUCAACCGUAACAUAUGGAAGCAACUCCACAGAGGUGUCUUACUUACAUUUAUUCAGGGAGGGCAGCUUAACCUAACAUCUGAUCUUGUCUGGACCUGCUAGCAGAGCAUGGAGCUAGUCUGCUUCAAUAUAAGAAGAUUGUUAAACCUGGGGUUUAAGACAGUGCUUGAAAGAGCCAGUGAGAAUAUAGCACCCCAUUCCUAGCAUCUGCUCAUGGAAUAUAGCACAGUGAGUGAUGGCUUUUGGGGGAUGAAGUGGGCUCUGAGCAAAAGUCAUUUGGAUAAUGUGAAACAUCUGAGAUUUUUUUCCAGAGUUAGAAGAUAACCCAGAGUAAGGACCCUUUUAUUCAUUUCACCCCAUUCUCUACUGUAUGGGUAUCUUUACUUUUAUUAGAGGUUGUGGUUGUUUUUAAGAUGAAAAGCAAAGUGUAGCCUCCACAUAUAGAAUGACAUAAAGAUGUGCUUAUUCCUUUUUCUGAAAUUAUUUUUAUUUAGCGAGGAACCAAGUUUACUUGGAAAUAAUCAUACACAGAGAUUGAGUCAUUCAUAUUAGUAGUGAAAACUCACCAAAUUUGUUAGUUACCAUGUGAUGAUAGAUACCAGGGUGUAGACGAUUUGUUGAUUACCUAAACUGAAAUAUGCCUUUCUGACACCACCACAGCCCUACCCACCCAUUUACCUACCCACUAGAUGAGUCUUUUAACCCUAGAAACUGUUCCUAAUUUUAAAUCAUGUGACCUAAAUGGAAUAAAGGAGCAAGGAGUCAAGAGCUCAGAAUAACGCUGACAUAAACCAGCAUCUUUCACAUGUAUACUGUUUGAUCUCAGAUGUGUUUAUAUACAAUGUAGAAUAACUCUCGUAUGAGACAUCCAUGCUCAUUUAUUCAGGGAGCUGCCUUUUUGUUGUACUUUUAGUGUUGGAGGCCUGUUACUGGUUCAUUUGUGGUUAUCAGCUGAAAGCUUUGUUCCUGAGAUGUGCAAUAGUAGUGUUUAAAAGGUAUUGAUUAGGAACAGACCUAUUAGAUUUUCCCCCAUGUUGAAUUCUUUAGUUUGCAUGCCUGUUUGAAAUUAGACCUCUCAGCUGCACUUUGGAAUAGUCUUAUUAGGCUAAUUAGUAUUUUGUAUAUUAAGCAAGUAAAUGUUGAUGGGUUGGUUUGGAAGCACAGAAAGUAUUUUAUUUUAUUUGAAUUAAAGGAGAAAAGCCAUUGGGUUGUUUUCACAGAUAGUAUCUCUGAUAAUUAAUUUUCUCAGUACAGGGAUGCUUGGGAACCAGCACCAUUAAAACUCGGUUACAGCAACUUCCUAGGAACCAGUUUUAGUGAGUCCUCUGUCAACCUGUCUUGAAGCCUCUGAGAGGUACUAGGGCAUAGGAGGUUGAUGAUGAUAAGCUUUGACUUUGUGAUCAACUAAUCUGGGAAAGUGUGUGUGUGUGUGUGUGUGUGUGUGUGUGCGCGCGUGUGCGCGUGGUGUGUCUGUGUCAUUUUUUUAAAAGAAAGUUUACAAUCAUUGCUCAAGUAUAUGAGGCAGACCAUUCUAUUUGUAAACUACCUCCUUUCUGGAAAAGUCUCAGCUUCAUUUAAUUUUUUUUUUUAACAUUACAGAGCUCUUUUCAUCAAAAGGUGACAUACCACUUAAUAUCUGAAUUCCCCACUGGCUAGUUGUAGUUAGGUUCCAUCACCAGUCACUUUGUCAGUCAGGGAUAAAUAACUGUUGGGCAAAACAGCCUGAACUAGAGAGGAAUAGGCCUCCUGUGCUUUAAGGCAUCGGCUCUGAUUGUCUAACUUUGUCAUUUGCCCUGACCCUGAAUUACUCACUGGUUUGCUGGGAAGUGUUUAGCAACCAGCCUCUCUGUAGAGGGGGAGAAAAUAGCACUUAAUUUUGUAGCAUUUGCCAAUUUCCACGAUGUAAGUAACUCUCCCUGUGGCUGAUUUUAAGCCACUACCUAGGACCUGAGAAGGAGUGAGCACCAUUGACUCAGCUGCACACAGAACCAGCAAAGCUCCAUGUCUGUCCUACCCCAGGAGAAAGUGGGUUUGCACAGAAGUUCUAAAAUAUUUUUUCUUGUUCAUGUAUGUACUGGUUUUUUAAAAAUCAAAAUCAUGGCUCUGACCUCAGUAAUUCAUUUUCAGUGGCUUCACACAGUUUUUAGUAUAUGUUCUUUGACAUAUUUUGUGAAUUCAAAGGUGGAAACUUCUACCUAGUACUAUAAAAACAUUUUACAUAACGGAAGAGUCCAGAAUCCCUUAAGAGGUCAACAUUAAAAUCUUAUUAGAAAUAUAGACUUAAUUUGUUUCCUGCAUUUUAAAAUGCAGCAUCAGGAAAUGAACUUAGAGUUUCACACAUGCCCGACACUGCUAAGUGGCUUCCUGGGGCCUCUUUCUUUUUUUUUCUUCAGGGUUAUUGAUGGGAUUUGGUGCCUACAUGAAGAAGCCACUUUUCCUGGCAGCCAUUUUUUCCCCCUUGUUUCUCUUUCAUUUGAUAGAACAGAGAGAAAUUGAGGGGGGGGGGAGAAUGAGAAAGACACCUGCGGCACUGCUUCACUACUUAUGAAGUGUCCCCUAGCAGGUGGGGACCGAGCCUUGAACCCAGGUCUUUACAUAUGUAUGCUUAACCUAAUGCACCACCACUCUGCCCCAACUCUCUCCUUUUCUUUUGACUUACAGAAGAGAGACACCACACCACUGCUCCACCAUUCAAGGAGCUCCCCUGGUGCUGCCUGUGGUGUGCCAACAUGGUAAUCAGGGUUCAAACCCAGGACAUUAAGGCAUGAACACUCUGCUUGGUGAACUGUCUCACAGACUCUAAUAGUUUCCAUGUUUCAGAGGUUAAAAAUAGUUUUCUUUCAAAUUUUGAUGAGGAAAGUAAGCCAUGUGUCAGUUUAGUAAAAGGGUACUGGAUUUGUUUUUUAACUGGAAAAAUUCCUUGAGGGUUCAUAUACUGUAUUAGAGAUCAAAAAGAACAGCUAGCUGUUUACCUGGCAAGUUUCUGUUUUCCUUCACGAUGUCACUCAAUGUUGGAUAGCAAAAUGCAUCAGAGACUUAGUGUUCUGAAGUUGUAACUGCACUGUCACUUCAGUUCCAUUCAUGCCUCCGCACUUCAUUCCUGUCUCAGAAUAAGUGUAGUAAUUUUAAUGUUUUAGAAGACUUAGAUGUUUCCAGUGAAUUUCAGCAUAUUAGAGGCAUUCAUAGGUGCUUUUGAAAGCAGUCUUAAGUGCUUUUGAAUACACAACUUGUAAGAGUUUUUGAACAUCAAUAUUCUUUUGCAAUUCCUGCAUCUAUAUGUUAAGUUAUAUGUUGCUAUGUUAAAGCAGUAUGCCUGUAAUAAGAUAUCCAACAAUAGUCAUUAAAGGAUGCCUGGCAUGUGUAAUAAAUCUUGCAAAGAAGUUUCAGUACUUUCUGCACCCAGGAGAUUGUCUUUAGUGCUUUGUUGUGGCAAUCUGUAGUUAAUUUUUGAAGUUCACUUCUUUCUAGGUGACUGGGGGAUGAACUUACUACUAAGCAGACUCCUUGACCCAAUUAUUCAUUAUUUUUAUGUUAGAGAGAGGGAGAGACAGACAGACAAGACAGCCAGCACAUUGCUCCACCAUCUGUAGAACUAUGCUGCUGUCUGUGGUGUUCGUAUGUGGUGCUAGGACUUGAACCCAGGCCCUCACAUUAGUCAUGUGCCACACAGGGUGAGCUGUCUCCUGACUCGGUCUCUUCAUUUAAAAUCUCUGACUUAGGAUACCUGCAGUCUAUUUUUUGGGGGGAAAUGUGGGUGCUUUUGUUGUGAUAUAUGGAGAGAUAUUUUAUAUACUGAUCUUAUUUCCGUGUAUGAUUUUUAGAAGAGAUUUUUCAGGAGUGUUUGUCUUCAACUGUCUCAAACUUCAUUUUAAUUAUUUUCCAGAAAACCCAUUAUACCAUGUUUUCCAAAGCAUCACAUACAUUAUUUUUGAUAGACUGUUGUUUCUUUCCAUUUCAUUAUUAGUCAUGACUCUCAUUUUUAUUUUACUAGUCUGCUUAUAAACUUCUUUUGGAUUUAUUCAUCUUACAUUUUAUCAACAAAUUCAGAAUUGUUUCAGUUUGCUUUAUGUUAAAAUAUAUAAUAGCUUCCAUUUCUUUGCUUCAUUAAUUUUUUAUUUUGAAAUUUGUGACAUUUGAGCAUCUGAAUGAAUUUUUUUUUUUGAUGAGUCUGUUCCUCCUUACAACACUUCAUUUGUUGUGAAUGUAUUUUAUUUGCCCAUUCUAGAAAUCUAGAAUUGAGGUGCCAUUCUUAGAGGUGUACACCAGUAUGGAGCUGUGCACAAGUUUCUGUGCACAAGUCUGAACUCUGAAUGAAUUACCAAAUCAACAAGAAAGUUAAAAGACUACUCAGGAUGUAAUCUGUUGUCUGAGGAUAUGAGAAGAAUAGUCUAUGUCUCAAAAUGGAAUUAAGUUAAUUAUUCAUUCCAGAGUAAUAUAAGGGAAGGAAGUAAUAUAAGGUCAACCUUAAUUGUCUUUUUUGUAGUAGUUAAUUUUUAAUUUUUUAAAUUUUCCCUUUUGUUGCCCUUGUUGUUUUAUUGUUGUAGUUAUUGUUGUUAUUGAUGUUAUUGUAGUAGUUACUUUAACCAGAGAAUGGGAAGAAAACUUUUUUUGUUGUUGUUGUUAAUUAUUUUCUUGGUUUUAGAUCAGUUAAAUGUUUUGUUAUUGUUUUUAAUGCUGUUGGCAUUGCUUGAAAUUUUUUCCUAUAUCAUCAGAAUUCUACUUAUAGAAGUUGAAGUUUUAAUCUUAGGAUCUAGAAGUCUUGUGGGUGGUAAUGCAUUAAGCAAGAAAGGAAGGUGGCUUGAUUUCAUUUCUCAUACUUGAUAGAACCUGCUAGCAUAAAAGUCAUGUUUUGACCUGUAAACAAGCAAAUCUGAAAGGCGAGUUGUUGAUGGCAGUAUAAACGUUCCACUUGAAGCUGCCUCUUUCUUCAAGCUACUCUUCUAGUGGGGGAAGUGUGAUAAAUUGAUAGUCGACCAGAAAGCAAUUACAGGGCCUGCCAUUCACAUUUAGCGAUUGUGAGAGACGGAAAUCCAGUCAUUUGUGUGAGAUGGGAAAUGUUGGCUCUGAGUGUUCUGUAGAAACCAGGAGAUUCAAACUGUUGUUACUAUCACUUAAGUGAAAUCUUUAACUAGAAAAUAAGGGUACAAUCAGAUGUAAGUCUCUUGAACUCUGAUACUUGAGUUUUAUAAUGCUUAUAAAACUCAAAAUAUUAUGAGACUUAACUUUCAUUUCUAAGUAUUUACUUGGGAAACUAGAAGAUUUCUUUCCAAGUCAUUUUGAUGUAUUGGUUGAGGACAUACAUGUUUGUGUCUGUAUAGUGAUGAAUUGACUGAGAGAGAGAGAGAGUGUGUGUGUAUGUGUGUGUAUAAAUCUAUUUUUAGAGGCAAUGUAUAUAAUUCAUCCUGUAGGAUAUAUUUUAUACUAAAGAAGUUUGACUGCACUUUGCAGUGGUCACUUUUUAAAACUAAUGACUCAUACAUUUCACUUUUUUUAAAAAAAACAUAGAAUCAUAAACUCAGUGUUUGCCAACAUUUUAGAAAUGUAAUGCUACACGUGACAAAAUCUAACAGAAAUCUUAAACUUCUCAUGCUCCUAAAUCUCUAGGCAAAUAAGGAUGCCUUUGUAUAGAAUCCCUAUAUUUGCUUUUGAAUAAAAUCUGUAUUAUGUUGGGCUCUGAGUUUCUCAGAGAGGAUGCUUAGACUAGAAGUCGUGUUUCUAAAAUACUGAUCUGACCAUGAACGGUGGAGGGGCUCUGCCAUAUAGUAGACUAAGUUUUCUGUACAUAGUAAGCACUAGUAGAAACCCCAGAGUACCUCGGACUGAAUAUUAUUCUCAGCUUUGCCUUACUUCCCAUUUUCAUAGGGGCCUAUUAUGGUUUCUGUCCCUUCCAAGGAUUACGAGCUAUGCUAGGACAGAUCUAGGACCUUCUGGGUGGGUGGAAGGUGUGGGGUGUCCUGUAGCUAGCUGGGCCAGAGUUCUAGCCACCGGAAUCAUUUGAGUAUGUCUAAAGUUCAGGGGGUGAGAAUGCCAGAUAUGGGCAUUAGAUCGUUUGGCACUUUGUGGAAACCAUUAUUAGCACUGUUUGCUUUUAAUAACUGGAAGCCCUUACUGACAAUUCUGUUUAAUUUCAGCUUAAGGAUAUUGAGGGUUGGGGUGGGGGGUAAGGUUUAUUUGUCAUGUAUCUUUAUGAAACUUGAGACUGUCUGGGGAAGUGUUAAAUGUAUUAUCUAACAAGCCAUUCGUCUUGGCUUUGUAUGGGAUGCUCUACACUUUUAAUAUUGUGCUUUUGUAGAAAUGUCUGACUACUUUAUUAAGUUGCAGUUGCUGGAAUACACUCACCUUGUAAACUAUCCAAUUUUAAGUUACUUCUGUUUAAUCGUUGCUUAUUGUCACGUGUGGGGGCACAGUUAAUUCUAACACAUUUCAUAUUUUUUGUCUUUAAUGGCAGUAUUACCUUUGUAUGCCUUUGCAUGUAUAUUACAUUCAUUGCUUUUCUGCUAAACUAGCUUAUUUUAUGAAUGUCCCUGCCUAGUAUUAGUUAACUAAGAUGCAUAACUAAGAAAGGGAUUGGAAAGAAGUGAAUACAAUUAAUUUUUGAUUACUUGAGGUCUGUUUGGUUUGGCCAUUGAAUCUUUUUCUAAUCAUCUGUUUCUUCACUUUUGCCUUCUAGUAGUUUCAUUUAUCUUUGUGGACAGGGGAGGUUAAAUAUGAAACUCAGUUCAGUCAUUUUUCUUCCUAUGUUUGAGGUGAAUAAAUUUUUAGCAAAAAUUAGUUGUUUUUUUUUUUUACAUCAUGCCCAUUGUUUACCACAUGAUUUUUUUUUACUAAAAAAAUAUGAUUUUGUAUUUUGAAGAACAAAUACUUUUUCUGUGAGCCAUAUAAGAUCUUUCAAAUUAGACCUACUUGAAAAUUAAAUAAUGAUUAAAUAAUAAUCUUGAUUUUCAUCUAUCCAAUCUGUAGUUCAGAUGAAAAGCAUUUGUCUGCUAUAGACAUGAGAGAUGUUUCCUUUAUGUCAGUGUUUUAAUUUGGGAUAAGUGUAAUACAUCAGGAUUAUCUCCUUAAACCUGUAUAAGCUCAGCUAGGUAGGACAGUUACUUCAUUGUUUAGUUUCACCAUUUAUUUCAUUGCAAGAGAUCAUAAUACCCAGUAUCCACCACUUUUGUGUUAACCAAAUAGUUAAAUAUAAUGCAAAAUGCACAACCAAGGCAUGAAUAACUUAGUGUCAUAAUGAUCUGUCUGAAUUUCAGUGUAAUUUGUAUUCAGGAGAGCCUUCAAAAUAUUAAAAUAUUUGUCUUUUUGUAAAAAUUUUGGUAAUUUUAUAGCUGCUAACAUUUAUUAAAGUCAGAUUAAUUGUUGAGGCGACUGAAGAGAAACUGUCGUGUCUUCCUGCUAAGCAGAUUUGUUUUCCUUUUGAAAACAAAGGGAUAUUGUUGACAGUUGAUAAGGCAGAUUAGCUAAGAGUGUUGGAUGUGUUUGUAUUCCAUUUAUUUGUAUUGCAGUGAGGAAACUACAGAGUUUAGGCAGGUAGGGAAGAGAAUACGCUUGCACUUUGAGGGCUUUUUGUAUUAUGCUGCUUUUAAAAGAAAAAAAGUAUAGUUGAUACUCAGUGCACUUCCAGAUUCAGGGAGGGGCUGCUCUGAAUGACCAGUCAGGUGAUCUACUUCUCUUGAGCUUCAAGUUUUAUGCACAGAUUUUAUUAAAUUCUACAAUGGUGAUAUGCAUCUUUUUAGAAAAAUGAUACAAAAAUAUCUUGUGUAAGAACUGACAGGAAUUUGCUUUGUAUAAUGGCAAGCUGGCUUUAAGAAAGCACUGUAACCACUUACUCAAGUUCAAAAUGCUAUAGAUAUGUUAACAGAUACAUGUGCGUCCAGAUAUAAACAGUUGUAUUUUUUUAAAUAAAUAUUGUUAACAAAAUGA